GGUGGAAGUACCCGCUAUGGAGGAGAGACUGGACCGGCUGCAUGGUGGUCCUGCUGGGAGACACAGGAAAUGCGUGAUUGUUGUGAUUGGUCCGAGCUGAUCCAGAUCGUCUGGAAAUCUGGCUGAAUGGAUUCGUCUGGUUCCCAGGCAACAACUGAUAAGAAGUCACAGAAACUGUCGGCCACCGUACACAGCUGUGAUAUAGUACGUCUGAGAUCUCGCGAUGCGAAAACCGGAGGAAGGCUGAGGACAGGAAAAACAUUCGGAAGAUGAGUCGUUGUUUGAUAAAACCGAAUCAAAAUACUCAAGUCUCAUGAAGGCUGAAGUGUGGUUGGAGAAAGACUACAAGUCCCAGAGACGCCCACAAAGAUCUUCAGCCAUCUGAAGCCUUCACCUGUCACCCUCACCUUCCCGCCCUACUAACCCCUCACACAACUUCAAAGAUGUGAAUUCUGGGACCAUCUGCGUCCACAACACCUGUCCUAGUCGAGGACGCCACCUGUGACUCCCAGCUCCGACGUCAAUGUCCCCACCCUACGCCCAGAGCCCCGCCCCUCCGCGCUGGGCCAGUGACUCGCCCCUAGUCGUCCGUCCCUGAGAGAGAGAGAGGAGUCUGCUCUCGGCCCCCUCCUCCCACCUCCGCCAUGUUGUUCUCCCUGCGUGAGCUGGUCCAGUGGCUGGGCUUCGCCACCUUCGAGCUCUUCCUCCACCUGUGCGCCCUGCUGGCGUUCAGCGUGUUGGUGGCGCUCCGCGCCGACCUCUUCGCCAUGAGCUGGUGGCUCGUCUUCGUGCCGCUGUUCGCCGCCGACGGCCUCAGCACCUACUUCACGGCCAUCGUAUCCAUCCGCCUGUACCAGGAGAACGAGAAGCGCCUGGCGGUGCUGCGGCUGCUGUGGGUGCUGACGGUGCUGAGCCUGAAGCUGGUGUGUGAGGUGCUGCUGUGUCAGAAGCUGGCGGAGCAGGAGCAGGCCAGGGAGCUGUGGUUUGGCCUCAUCGUGUCCCCGCUCUUCAUCCUCCUGCAGCUGCUCAUGAUCAGGGCCUGCCGCGUCAACUGACGCCCCGGGGGGGGGCGGGGGGGAGGACGAC